AGAUGUCCAAAUUAUGGAAAACAUAUUGCUAAAACGGCAUGAGCAUGCACAGAAUCAAAACAAAGAUUAUUCCCAUCUGUUCAGACCCAAAACACGCUGGGAGCUAGUCCGCUUGACCUUCAUCAUCGUCGGCAUCCAGUUCACCUAUGCCGCCGAAACAGCGUUCGUAUCACCCAUCCUGUUGGGUAUCGGCAUUUCUCACACGUUCAUGACGAUGGUAUGGGCCAUUUCGCCGACACUUGGGUUUUUCUUGGCCCCACUGGUAGCCUCGAUGAGCGAUCAACUCCGGCUGGAAUGGGGUCGGCGGAGACCGGUUCUGCUGGCACUUGGCAUUGGGUUGAUGCUUGGAUUGCUGAUACUGCCUUAUGGACGAAUAAUUGGUAUGUGGUUCGGCGACGAUGAUGUUCCCCCGCAAGCAAUGUCCACAUUCCGAUGGGGUACUUUGAUCACGGCUAUCGGUUUGGUAUUGACCGAUUUCAGCGUGGAAACUACCAAUGGGCUGGCGAGAACCUAUUUUCUGGACAUGUGCAUUACAGACGAUCACCCGAAGGUACUGACAGUGGCCGUAAUGAUCGGUGGUUUUGGAGGCUUCGUCGGAUAUAUGCUCGGAGCUAUCGAUUGGUCAGACACAAGCAUCGGAAUCAUGCUGGGUUCGAACGAAGCCACGGUAUUCGCAGUGGUUGUCGUAAUCGUUCUGAUCGGAACUGCCACCACCUUAUCCAGCUUUCGGGAAGUACCGCUGGAGCUGUUGGAAAAGGACUACCUUUUGAGACCUAUUUCGAAGGAAGCCUUCGAUGAAGAAAAGCGUCGCCAGUUGAAUCUCUCGCGAGUCAGUAGCGUGAUGUCAAUGGAGUCGGAAACGGUAGAAAGGGCUCAUGUUUACCAUCCGGAGAACACUGGUCAACCCUUGAAUCUCAAAACGUUUCUGGCGAAUCUCAUCCGGCUGCCCAAAGCUUUGCGAAUACUUUAUUUUACGCAAUUUUUGUCACAUUUAGGAUACCUUAGUUAUUGUCUGUACUUUACGGACUUUGUGGGAAGGGAGAUAUUCCAUGGAGAUGCAAUGGCUGCCGAAGGCUCCUCUAUGUGGGAGAUGUACCACGAAGGACUUCGCUUUGGGAGUUUAGGUAUGGCCAUAUUCGUUUUGAGCUCUGCGAUGUAUUCGAUGGUUAUAGAAUCUGUCAUAAAAUUAUUCAGCACAAGAUCUGUGUACAUUGGCGGACUGCUGCUGAACUGCAUCGGGAUGAUGCUGAUGGCUAUUCAUAAGGCCAAGUUCUCCGUAUUCAUCUGCUGUGUAACCAUGGGUGUCAAAUACGCCACAAUCUAUUCGCUACCAUUUCUACUGAUCUCCCAGUAUCACUUAAAAAAAUCGUUUGAGGUGAUUGAUGGACGAUACAUUCCAAAUACCCAGACUCGAGGUUUUGGAGCAGACAUAUCUAUUCUUAGCAGCAUGCUAUUUUUGGCACAGGUCAUCAUAUCUCUAUCUAUUGGAAGCAUUAUUGAUGCAUAUGGUAGUACCACGAUCGUGGUUUAUUCAGCAAGUCUGUUUUCUUGCUUAGCUGCCUUCUCAGCGACGCAAAUCAUCUAUAUGGAUCUUUGA